AUGUUCUACUCGCAUACUUUCCUGGCAAGGAAAGGCCCGCUGGGAACUGUUUGGUGCGCCGCGCAUCUGCAGCACAAGCUUAAGAAGUCUCACUACAUCGCCACCAAUGUUCCCAAAACCGUCGAUCGAAUCAUGUUUCCUGAGGUGCCACUUGCACUAAGGAUGUCGGGGCAUCUUCUUCUUGGAGUUGUGAGGAUUUAUUCGAAACAAGUUGACUAUCUCUUCGAAGAUUGUUAUGGUAUAUGGACUACACUCAAUCGGGCCUCUGCAAAUAUAAAUGUCAAUCUUCCUGAAGAUGCAACUCAUGCAACAUUUCAUUCUGUUACCUUGCGAGAAAAUUUUAACCUUGAUUCAAUAGAAUUGGAUAACUUCGAUACAGACUGGCAACAUGAUUCUCACCUUAGGAACCUAGAAGAAAUCACUUUAACAGAGCAAAUUCCAACUGGAAAAGAUCCUUACAUUGUCAUUAGUGUUCAUGAGAGUGAAUCAACUGGGCCACCAGCAGAGGAAAAUUUAGGAUCAGGGCCGGUUCCGAUGGAGGAAGACCCUCCAGUUGAAGCUGAAUUUCAGACCACUCCAAGUAAACAAUUAGGAACAGAUGAUAGAAACAUUGGAUCAAUCAGUCCCCAAGAAUUUCUGAGUAUUGAAAUCAUGCGCGAUGCUAGGCAGGGUUUGGAUGUCAAUGCUUCACCAAUACUGUCUGAUCGGGCUGAACCAGAUGCAGUCCUGGAAGAGCAAAUCAAAAAGGAUAAAGAAAUCAAUACUCCUCACUCAGUUGAAUUUCCAUUGCCGCCGGGUGGUUCUGUCUCUUCCCCACAAGCUAAUGAAAAACCACCCUCUUUCGGGCGCUCGGGUUCCCCAAUUGUUUUCGAACACCAGUCACAUGAGUUUCAAAUCCAACCAACUCCACCUGUUGCAAAGCCACAAGUUCGGAGAAAAAGGAGACAGCUUUUUGAUGAGAUGAUUAUAUUAAGCAAUCAGUUCAUCGGAAAAGGAUUAAAUGAUACCAAAGAUAUCUGCCGGAAGAGAAGAAACUGUCCCACUUCUUCUCUUGCUAUAUGGAAGCGAAACAACCGGCUGCGCUUAAGGAAGGAUGGCCUCUUUCUUCCACCUUAUCCUUCUGGAUCUUGUUCUGAACUGCAAGAUAUAUACACCGAAGAUGCUGUUUCAACGAAAUUUCCUCCAAUCCCUGCAGAAGAAACUCAUCAAGAGACAACGGAUCCUGAGCCCUCUGUAUCCAGGCAUGGUGAUGACAUGGAGAUCGAAAUUCCUCGAACUAAUGAGUAUGCUUCACCUGACAGACACAUUCCCGAUAUCUCCAAUGUUCUGCCAUCACCGAGUGAAAGAGGGAACUCACACCCCGAACAUCCGGAAGCAACUGUAGGGGAAGAAGAGCUUCCCACUGCAAGCAUUGGAGCAUCUUCUAGAAUGCUUGAUUCAGAAAUCAGAACCCCAGAUUCAGGUUUAGGGAAGAGCUUGCAGGCUGACAUUUCCGAGCAUGUGGCUUCUCCAGGGGAGCUUCGAUUUCUAGACCAAGAUGACAAUUCUCCAGCUGGAUCCCAAGGAACACCUGCAACCCCGGAACUCCAACCAUUACCUUCACGAACAAGAGCUGUGGCACAGUACUUGAAGAAGCAGGCCUCAGAAACCCCGGCCGGAGCAGAAUCAUCCGAUGAUCUGAGUUUGAACAAGAUCUUGGAAGGCAAAACCCGAAAAAUAUGCACUCGAAUGUUUUACCAAACACUGGUUUUGAAGAGUAAUGAACUUGUAGAUGUACAACAAGAAGAACCAUAUGGAGACAUUUUAUUGAAAGUGACUCCAAAGCUCUCCGAGGAACAAUUCUCCAGCUGAGACUAAGAACAUGUAAGUACAAUUGUAUACAUAUAUAAAUAUGUGUAAAUAGCUAAGUUAUGUUUAGUCUCACCUCAUUUUUUAAUGUCGUGAUAUUUUUUGGAGAAAAAAAAAAUUAG